CUUCACUCUCUUCCUCAACAUCACGGCACCACCCUGCCUCCAGCCACGGAAGAUGCGAACAACACUCUCCCCGGUUCUCGCCUCCCUGGCGAACGUCUUCCGCAUCCCCCUGUCGCAGACUGCCUCCCGCCCGGCCGCCGCCGCCGCUCUCACCCGGCUCAAUGGCAGCAACAGCAGCAGCAACAGUACCACCACCAACAGACAAUUCUCAACGACAAGCGCAAUGGCCAAGCGCAAGAACGCCGGUCCCUCGCGGGACAAGCGAGUCACAAUGAUCCGCUACUUCCUCCACCACCCGCUGACCCCGCGGCCGCUGCGGUUCAGCCGCACCCGGUUCCUGCGGCACUGGACGAUCCACCGGGCGUGGCACCUGUACCAGGCGCAGCGGCGGCGGGCGGAGACGCUGGAGCUGGAGCGGCAGUGGCAGGCGAUGCGGGCGGCGUGCGAGGAGCUGCGCACGGGCGCCGGCGACGGCGGCAAGCUGUUCCGGAAGAGCAUGAUCAAGACGGGGAUCUUCAAGGAUCUGUUCCCCAUCGAGUACGCCCGGUUGCAGACCGAGGGCCCGCCGGCGGAGGGGUGGAAUCAUGAGUGGAAGGCUUUGAAAUGAUCCAUCCUAUUUUUGUGAUGGGUUUUCUGGG